AUGAGUGGUAUCAGUGCUGUGGCGAGCGGCGCCCCUGCCAGUACCAACAAUACCGUCGAACUAAUUCCUGAGGAGCUGGAGGUUGAUAGCGCGUCAGAACUUGGAAGCAGUCUCGCUUCUUCUACCACCAGUAUAUCUAGGUCCAUCCUUGAUUAUCGAAUCGAAAAUGGCCGGACAUACCAUAUGUACAAGGACGGUAAAUAUCUUUUCCCUAACGACGAAACUGAGAAGGAAAGGCUAGACCUGCAACACCACAUGUUUCUUUUGACUCUUGACAAUGCUCUGGGGCUUGCUCCUCCAAACAAGCCGGACUCCAAGGUUAGACGCGUUUUGGACGUCGGAACCGGUAGCGGAAUUUGGGCUGUGGAUUUUGGUGAAGAACAUCCUGAUGCAGAGGUUGUUGGCAUCGAUCUUUCCCCUUCAAUGCCAGAAUUUGUACCCUCUAAUGUCAAGUUCGAAAUUGAUGACUUGGAAGAGGAAUGGAACUACUCACAACCUUUUGAUUACAUUCACAGCCGAAUGAUGAAUUCAUGCGUAGGAGACUGGAAGAUCUAUAUGAAGAAAGCAUUCGACAACCUCGCUCCAGGUGGAUAUUUCGAAGUGCAGGAAUACGAUCUCUUUCCCCAAUCUGAUGAUGGCACUUUGAAACCAGAGUCUUCUCUCUCAAAAUGUGUUAAUCUCAUGUACGAGGCUUCGGUAAUCUUCGGACGUCCAUACCAGCACAUACCACCUCUUGUGGACAUGAUGAAAGAGGUAGGCUUCGUUGAUGUCUCGAUGAACACCUUCAAGUGGCCCACGAAUGAUUGGCCAAAAAAUCGCAAAUACAAAGAAUUGGGAAUCUGUAACAAUGAAAACGCUUGUAUCGGUUUUGAGGGAUUCACCAUGGCCCCUCUAACGAGAGCUCACAGUUGGACGAGAGAAGAAGUCCUUGUUUUCCUCACUCAAGUGCGGAAGGAUUUAAAAGACAGGUCUAUUCAUGCCUACUGGCCUAUGUAUUCUUUUUAUGGAAGGAAACCGACGGAAGAAGAGUAG